GUACAGUGAGUAUUCCGAACAAUUCCUGGAACAUGUAAAAAGGACAACGUCGGAAUAUGUAAUCGUGAUCAUCCAGUUGGCACGCACCAACAAACGCUAUGGUGAGCAGAUGGGGGUCUCAACAUCAUAUAAUGCCUCAAAGGUUCUCCUUGACGUCAAUGUCCCUGAUAUUGAGGAGUUUCGAACCAGGAUGUUGGAUAUGGGGUCAUCACAAUCCUUGAGCUCAACAUCAUCACGACCUGCAUUAAGUGAUGAUAAAGAAGUUGGAAUUGUCAAGAUGUUGUCUGAACUACAAACUACUAGGGAG